AUGACAGCUGUCGAAACCCAAAUGACAUACAGCAACUCCUACACGAUCAGCCAUGAAGAAGCGUACAUGACCCAGGAGGACGACUGGGACAGGGACCUGCUGCUGGACCCCGCCUGGGAGAAGCAGCAGAGGAAGACCUUCACAGCUUGGUGUAAUUCCCACUUGAGGAAGGCUGGGACACAGAUUGAGAACAUUGAAGAGGAUUUCAGAAAUGGCCUCAAACUCAUGCUGCUGCUGGAGGUCAUAUCAGGUGAGAGGCUGCCCAAACCCGACAAAGGCAAGAUGCGUUUCCACAAGAUUGCCAACGUGAACAAAGCUCUGGACUUCAUCUGCAGCAAGGGCGUGAAACUGGUGUCUAUUGGUGCUGAGGAAAUUGUUGACGGUAAUGUGAAGAUGACUCUCGGUAUGAUCUGGACCAUCAUCCUGCGCUUCGCCAUCCAGGACAUCUCUGUGGAAGAGACCUCUGCUAAGGAAGGUCUGCUGCUGUGGUGCCAGAGGAAGACUGCCCCCUACAGGAAUGUGAAUGUGCAGAACUUCCACAUCAGUUGGAAGGAUGGCCUGGCUCUGUGUGCCCUCAUCCACAGACACAGACCUGACCUCAUUGACUACUCCAAACUGAGAAAGGACGACCCCAUUGGUAACCUGAACACUGCCUUCGAGGUGGCUGAAAAGUUCCUGGACAUCCCCAAAAUGCUUGAUGCUGAAGAUAUUGUGAACACACCCAAACCUGAUGAGAAGGCCAUCAUGACCUACGUCUCCUGCUUCUACCACGCCUUUGCUGGUGCUGAACAGGCUGAGACAGCUGCCAACCGUAUCUGCAAGGUGCUGGCUGUCAACCAGGAGAAUGAGAAACUGAUGGAGGAGUACGAGAAGCUGGCCAGUGAGCUGCUGGAAUGGAUCCGUCGCACCAUCCCCUGGCUGGAGAACCGCGCGGCCGAGCAGACCAUGCGCGCCAUGCAGCAGAAGCUGGAGGAUUUCCGUGACUACCGUCGCAUCCACAAGCCGCCCCGCGUGCAGGAGAAGUGCCAGCUGGAAAUCAACUUCAACACCCUGCAGACCAAGCUGAGGCUCAGCAACAGGCCCGCCUUCAUGCCCUCCGAGGGCAAGAUGGUGUCGGAUAUUGCCAACGCCUGGAAGGGUCUGGAGCAGGUGGAGAAGGGCUACGAGGAGUGGCUGCUGACUGAGAUCCGCCGCCUGGAGAGACUCGACCAUCUGGCUGAGAAGUUCAAGCAGAAGUGCGCCAUGCACGAGUCCUGGACCGGAGGUAAGGAGGACCUGCUGUCCCAGAAGGACUACGAGUCGGCCUCCCUGAUGGAGAUCAGAGCCCUGAUGAGGAAGCACGAGGCGUUUGAGAGCGACCUCGCUGCCCACCAGGACAGAGUUGAGCAGAUCGCUGCCAUCGCCCAGGAGCUGAAUGAGCUGGACUACCAUGAUGCUGCUACAGUCAACGCCCGCUGCCAGGGCAUCUGUGACCAGUGGGACAACCUGGGCACCCUGACCCAGAAGAGGAGGGACUCUCUGGAGCGUGUGGAGAAGCUGUGGGAGACUAUUGACCAGCUGUACCUGGAGUUUGCCAAGAGGGCAGCACCCUUCAACAACUGGAUGGACGGAGCCAUGGAGGACCUGCAGGACAUGUUCAUUGUCCACAGCAUUGAGGAGAUCCAGAGUCUGAUCACUGCUCACGACCAGUUCAAGGCCACUCUGCCCGAGGCCGACAAGGAGCGCAUGGCCACCAUGGGCAUCCACAACGAGAUCCUGAAGAUCGCCCAGACCUACGGCAUCAAGCUGUCCGGAAUCAACCCUUACACCACCCUCUCCCCCCAGGACAUCAGCACUAAGUGGGACACUGUGAAGCACCUUGUUCCCCUCAGAGACCAAAUGCUCCAGGAGGAGGUGGCCAGACAGCAGGCCAACGAGAGACUGAGGCGCCAGUUCGCUGCACAGGCCAACAUCAUCGGACCCUGGAUUCAAACCAAGAUGGAGGAGAUCAGCCACGUGUCCGUGGACAUCGCCGGCUCCCUGGAGGAACAGAUGAACAGCCUGAAGCAGUACGAGCAGAACAUCAUCAACUACAAAUCCAACAUCGACAAGCUGGAGGGAGACCACCAGCUCAGCCAGGAGUCCCUCAUCUUCGACAACAAGCACACCAACUACACCAUGGAGCACGUCCGCGUGGGCUGGGAGCAGCUGCUCACCACCAUCGCCAGAACCAUCAACGAGGUGGAGAACCAGAUCCUGACCCGCGACGCCAAGGGCAUCAGCCAGGAGCAGCUCAACGAGUUCAGAGCCUCCUUCAACCACUUCGACAGGAAGAGAAACGGCAUGAUGGACCCAGACGACUUCCGUGCCUGCCUCAUCUCUAUGGGUUACGAUCUGGGUGAGGUGGAGUUUGCUCGCAUCAUGACCCUGGUCGACCCCAACAACACAGGCGUGGUGACCUUCCAGGCCUUCAUCGACUUCAUGACCCGCGAGACCGCCGAGACCGACACCGCAGAACAGGUCAUGGCCUCCUUCAAGAUUCUGGCCUCAGACAAGAAUUACAUCACAGUGGACGAGCUGCGCAGGGAGCUGCCACCCGAGCAGGCCGAGUACUGCAUCAGCCGCAUGACCAGGUUCGUCGGAUCCGACUGUCCCAGCGGCGCCCUGGACUACAUCUCCUUCUCCAGCGCCCUCUACGGAGAGAGCGACUUAUAAACCGCUUCUCCUCCACCCAUCCCUUCUUCCCAGCUCCCGCUGUCUCUCCUGUGUGGAGAGGGCGAUCUAAACCCCUUCCACUGUCCUUCUAUAUUCUUUGUUCUUAUCAUUUUUUCCUCUUUCAAAUCUUAACUUUAUUCCCCUUCUCCCCCUCCCCCUCCCAACAAAACAAAAACACUGCCCCAGAGAGGCUGAGAGUGGAAGGCUUUGCUCAAAUCGUAGAGCUGUUUGGACGGGUCGGCUCGUCCCUCAUUUCUGCCAGAGUGCCUUUAAAAUAAAUAAAUAUAUAAAACCAGGAAUGUGCCGGGUAUUGCACUGAAGUUAUGUAAGCAGCAUACAUAUUAACAUACCUGCCUUAAGGAGACGGUAAACAGAAGGAGGUAAUGAGGGCGAGAGGAAAAAAAAAUCUGGAGUUAUUUUGAGCAAAGCCUCCUGCUCUCCGCCUCUCUCUCUCUCUCUCUCAGAUGACAUAUUUUUUUUUUGUAGAAGGGUAAUUAAAGAAGAGAACGUGAUAAAAAUGCUGGUUGGUCAGUUGGCUUGGUUGGUUGAGUAUUUGUGCAGAUGCAUGCUAAUGUUGAAGUUUAGAAACGCUGUCUUGUGAGUCCCCGACUCUCACUUAAUCAUAACAAAAAAAACACAAAAAGCCAAUCAGGUGCUAUGAUGUUCCGCAAAAGAAAUGAAUAAAAAAACCACAACACUGUGAAGCUGAUCAGAUGUAACCUGAAGAUCUUAAAGCCUUAAGCUCAGGAAGAAAACAGAGGGUGAACUACAGGAGCACCUAAACUACGAAUAUUAAGAUGAAGAAAGCAGGCAGAGAGGGCGACUCAAAGCAAAGCACUGUGGGUAAAUAUAGACAAAGUGAGGGCCGUGGCUGGACUUAAAGAGCGAAGACAGAAAGACAAACUGCUCCGGCCAGAGAGAACGAUAACCCACACGCCUCUCGCCUAAAUUCAACAUGGUGAAUUUUCGAGAGGGGUGUCGAGCAGCGAGAGACAACAGGGCUUCAGGAAAGUCAAAGAAGAAGAAGCGAUACUGAACGUGGGACUGUAGCAGGCCUACGUCAGUCAGGAAGCAAAAUAGGGUGUUGGUCCCAUUGACAGGUCGGCCGUGAUUAUCAGUGCGAGUGGACUCGAUGUUUUCAGUUUCAUCUGUGCUCCGUUCUCCUCCAUCAUUCAUUCUGUCCGUCAUCACCAAUCAUGCCACAAUAAACCCAUCUCACACAGUUAAAGUUUAAAAACCACAACUUGGAAUAAAAAAGGAAAACUAUAUUACUAAA